AUGUGUGAAAUCACCCUGUUAGGUUCCAAGCAAUUGCUGACACGCGCGAGGAAGCGAGAACAGCUGCUUGAUCACACGACGCCUGCCGGGCGAGUAGAGAUUGCGGCGGUAGUUGCUGCUUGGGAGAUGGCAAAGGAGUUUGCCGGGAAAGAAGUAGAAGUGAGAGCUGAAGCAAAGGUUCUAAGGCACAAGCGCAUUUUGCAAGUGCAGGAAAACCAGGCUAUGUUAAAGGCCGUUACAGAUGCAUAUGGCAAGCUCAACGAGGCUGAAACCUCGAGUGCCGAAAACCUGGCGACCAAGGCCGAGGAGUGCGAGAGCAACGAACCUUUGGUAAGUGCUUUGGAUCGCAUCUCUUCAAAGAAGGAUUUGCAGGUAGAAAACCUUCAGACAAGCAUCGACCCAACAGGCCACGUCCGGGUUACCAAGACUAUGCAGAAGCUUGAGAUGCCACAUCAUUCUGAAGGUUACAGGCGCCUGCUUAAAGUGGAGGCGCACGCCUGGCUCUGCAUGAGCGCGCGAUUCAAGGCCAAGGCGUGGUUGCAAGGCUUGCAGCUUGAUGACUUCACUAAGUUUGUUGAGUACGUGCUGGGUGAUAGAGUUGGCAACUGGCAACUUGAAAUUGCCCACUGCCACCGGGCGCAGUUUAAUCGGCCGCCGUGGAACAUUGUCUUGAGUUAUGAAUAUAAGCUGAGGGUUGAGGCUUUCAAGAGGAUUACUGAGGACGGAUUCACCAUAUCUGAGGCCCUCCGGGCCGUCCGUGAGGACACAUCCUUGAAAGAAUCGUACUUUACGACACCUUUGGCCCUUCACACUGCCAGCACGCCAAGCAAGUUCCGCAAGGGAAAUCACAAGGGAAAAGACAAGACCCAUUUCACGGCAGGCGAGGGCAAGAAUGGAAAGGGCAAGGGCCACAUCAUUCUCGCCAACGGCAAGCAGCUGGCCCUAGUGUCCGUCACGACAGACGGAAGACAGCUGUGUUUCGCCUUCAAUCAUCAAGGGUGUACCGACCCGAAGUGCACCCGCGUGCAUCUGUGCCGUGUCGCAGGUUGUUUUGGAGAUCACGAGUCGGCGGAGAGGGUGGUCUCGCCGUCUGGGCAUGGUACUCUGACGGCGACGCUUCGGCUGCCGCCGGGGCAGUAG